AUGGAGGAGCAGACGAACAGACCACAUCGGAAAUCGAAGGAGAAGAAAAAGAAGAAUAGGGAUCAAGCUGGCGCAAAUCCCAAGGCUUUUGCUGUCGCGCAUGCCGGUCGUCUACAGAAACAGGCCGCUAGGUCUCAUGACAUUAAAGAAAAGAGACUCCAUGUCCCGCUCGUGGAUCGCCUGCCCGAAGAGGCGCCCCCGAUUAUCGUUGCGGUGGUUGGGCCUCCGGGUGUUGGAAAAACCACUCUCGUCAAAUCUCUCAUUAAGCGAUAUACGAAGCAGAGCUUGAGCACCCCAGCCGGGCCUCUCACUGUCGUAACGUCGAAACGAAGACGGUUAACGUUCCUCGAAUGCCCCUCCGACUCCCUGGCGAGCAUGAUUGAUGUCGCCAAGAUUGCGGAUAUUGUCUUGCUGAUGAUCGAUGGCAACUACGGCUUUGAGAUGGAGACGAUGGAAUUCCUCAACGCGCUGUCUUCGAGCGGGAUGCCUGGGAACGUCUUCGGGAUCCUCACACAUCUCGACCUCUUUAAGAAACAGAGCACGCUCCGCCAGGCGAAGAAGCGGCUAAAACAUCGCUUCUGGAGUGAAUUGUACCAGGGCGCGAAAUUGUUUUAUUUGUCUGGCGUUAUUAACGGGCGGUACCCGGAUCGAGAGAUACAUAAUCUGUCGCGGUUUUUGUCUGUCAUGAAAAAUCCGAGGCCGCUUAUAUGGAGGAACUCGCACCCUUAUUGUCUCGCUGAUCGCUUCCUGGAUAUCACGCCACCGACAGCUAUUGAGGAAAAUCCCAAGUGUGAUAGGACGGUUGCGUUGUAUGGAUAUCUUCGCGGUACAAAUUUCCCCGCGGUAGGUGCGCGGGUGCAUGUGCCCGGUGUUGGGGACCUGAGUGUCUCGUCCAUAGAAGCCCUACCUGACCCGUGCCCAACACCCUUCAUGGACCAGGAAAUCGCGAAGGCGACAGGCAAGUCGAGCCGGAGAAGGCUGGGGGAGAAACAGAAGCUCCUUUUUGCGCCCAUGUCUGAUGUCGGUGGUGUGCUCGUUGACAAAGAUGCGGUGUAUAUCGAUAUUAAGACUUCUAAUUUUGACAGGGAUGCCGAUGGCGAUGAGGAGAGGGGCCUUGGGGAGCAACUUGUUGUUGGAUUACAAGGGGAACGGAAAUUACUCGGGCAGGCGGAGUCUGGGGUCCGGCUGUUUAGGGAUGGAGAGGCAGUUGCUGGUGGAGAUGAGGAUGAAAAGCGGGAAGUUGGACGGAAGCAAAAAAGAACGGUCCGAUUCACGGACGAUCAGGAACAUGGGACGGAUGUUUUGGGGGACGAAGAUGAAGGCUUCGAGUCAGAUGAUAGUGCGGAGGGAAAUGGAGAAGAAGAGGAAGAAGAGGACGAGGAGGAUGAGGACGAGGUCAUGCCCCCGGCUGAUUUUGAGACAAAUUUUAGAGAAAGGCAAAAUGGCGCCGCUCGACGUGAUGAGGAUGAUAUCGCCUUUGCAGAUAGUGAUUCUGAUCUUGGAUCGAUAUCUUCGGUUGAGGACCAGGAACUGGAGAGCGAAGGUGAUCUCGAGUACGAUUCGGAUGAAGUCGAUGAUGGAACCCUACGCUGGAAGGAAAACCUGGCUGCGAAUGCCAAGGCUGCAUUUGGCAAAAGGAUUCCUUAUCGUGUUGCGGACCUCACAAGAAUGCUUUAUGACGAGUCGAUAACCCCUCAGGAUGUUGUCAAUAGAUGGACCGGGGCGGAUGAUGAUGAACAUGAUGAGAAUGACGAGGACGAGGAGGAGGACGAUUUUUUCAAGAAAACGCAUGUGGACACAGAGGAAUCAGAGGAUAGAACUGUUCCCGUAUUUGAUUAUGAGGAGCUUGAAAAAAAAUGGGAAGACAAUGAUAAUAUCCAAACCAUCCGACGUCGGUUUGCCCGUGCUAAAGUUUCCAAGGGUGACGGAUCGGAUGGUAAGGAUGAAGGUGAAGAUGACGAUGAGGACGGAGAGUUUGAUGAUUCGGAUGACGAAGGAGACGGUGUGUUCGAGGACCUAGAAACCGGUAAGGUCGUCAAUGGAGAGGAAGAGAAAGAGGGCGACGAGAACGACGAACCUGAAGAUCUUGAGGCGGAGAGAGAACGAAAUGCGAAGAGAAAAGAGGAGCUACGACUUCGUUUCGAAGAAGAGGAUCGCGAAGGUUUUGGGAAAGCCAAAGAUGGACGCGACAAGCAGGAUGAGGAGGAGUUUGGCGAAGACGAUUGGUAUGAUGCACAAAAGGCCAAGCUCCAAAAGCAGCUUGAUGUCAACCGGGCGGAAUUUGAUUCCCUCGAUGCACUAUCCAGAGCGAGGGCGGAGGGGUACAAAGCCGGGACAUAUGCCAGAAUCGUGUUAGAAAAUGUUCCGUGCGAGUUCUCAACAAGAUUUAACCCGCGCUUCCCGGUUAUUGUUGGGGGCCUGGCACCUACGGAAGAUCGAUUUGGCUUUGUCCAGGUUAGGAUUAAAAGACACAGAUGGCACAAGAAAAUCCUGAAGACCAACGAUCCCCUCAUAUUUUCUCUUGGCUGGCGUCGAUUCCAGACUACCCCCGUAUACAGCAUCUCCGAUUCCCGAACACGAAAUCGCAUGUUGAAAUAUACCCCUGAGCAUAUGCAUUGUUUUGGUACUUUCUACGGUCCUCUCGUAGCUCCCAACACUGGUUUUUGCUGUGUGCAAUCAUUCUCGAAUAAAAACCCAGGGUUCCGAAUAGCGGCUACAGGAGUUGUUCUGAAUGUGGACGAGACUACGGAGAUUGUGAAGAAGCUCAAACUAACCGGAUACCCGUACAAGAUCUUCCGGAACACAGCCUUCAUCAAAGAUAUGUUUACAUCCGCUAUCGAAAUUGCCAAAUUCGAAGGCGCCAGCAUUCGCACCGUUUCCGGAAUCCGCGGCCAGAUUAAGCGCGCCUUGAGCCGCCCGGAGGGCCAUUUCCGAGCCACGUUUGAGGACAAAAUCCUCAUGAGCGAUAUUGUGUUCCUGCGUGCUUGGUAUCCCAUCAAGCCGCACCGAUACUACAAUCCCGUCACCAACCUGUUGGAUGACGAAGAUGGACACGGCUGGAAAGGCAUGCGUCUGACAGGAGAAGUUCGCCGUGAGCAGAAUAUCCCCACCCCGCUUGAAAAGGACUCCGCAUAUAGGCCAAUCGAGCGCCCCACCCGCCACUUCAAUCCCCUCCGCGUCCCUCGUCAGCUAGCUGCAGAACUUCCUUUCAAAUCUCAGAUUACGAAGAUGAGACCGCGUCAAAGUCAGUCAUAUCUGCAGAAACGCGCUGUGGUUUUGGGUGGAGAAGAGAAGAAAGCGCGCGACCUGCUGCAGAAGCUCACCACCAUGCGCAACGAGAAGAUCGCGAAGAGACAAGCUGCGCAGGAAGAGCGGAGGAAGGUUUAUCGCGCCAAGGUUGCGGAGAAUGCGGAGAAGAAAGCGGAGAGAGAAAAGCGGGAGCGGGAUGAGUAUUGGCAGCGGGAGGGGAAGAAGCGGAAGAAUGAUGGUGGAGAGGGAGGGAGAACGGGGAAGAAAAGAAGGUGA